UCUCUCUCUCUCUCUCUCUCUCUCUCUCUCUCUCUCUCUCUCUCUCUCUCUCUAUCCCUCCUCCGCUGCUCAAGAAGGGAAACACCAGUGGGAGAUUCUUCGACAAUGGAUUUACUGCAAUCACGAUCCUAUUGUGAAUGAUCAUCUUUUCUUGUUCUUCUUUCUUUCUUUGCGGAUGCUCAUUAGCGUCGUGAGUCGAGAUGAUGGCAUCAAUAGGGGAAUUCGAUCCGCUCAACACCAGAGUCCCUGCAACUAAAAUAGAAGUUACCGUUUCGUGCCGGAGUCUGCUGGAUGUGGAUACAUUCUCCAAGUCCGAUCCUGUGGUUGUGUUGUAUUUGCAGGCUGUGGGAACCAAAGAAUGGAGGGAGUUUGGCAGGACAGAGGUAAUCGAUAAUACUCGGAAUCCAGAUUUCGUCAGAAAGUUCGUCCUGGAUUUCUUCUUUGAAGAGAAACAAAAUCUAAGGUUUGAUGUGUACAAUGUGGACUCCAGAAGCUGUAACAUUUCCAAAUACAAGGACUUUCUGGGUCAGACCUUUUGUACUCUGGGAGAAAUCAUCGGCUCCACAGGAGGGCGGCUGGAGAGGACCCUCUCUGGGAUUCCAGGGAAGAAGUUAGGAGUCAUUAUCUUUAAUGCAGAGGAGCUCAGUAACUGCAGGGAUAUUGCUACCAUGCAGUUGUGUGCCAACAAGCUGGACAAGAAAGACUUUUUUGGCAAGUCAGACCCCUUCUUGGUUUUCUACCGGAGUAAUGAGGAUGGAACGUUCACCAUCUGCCACAAGACAGAAGUGAUCAAGAACACACUGAACCCAGUGUGGCAGCCCUUCACCAUCCCUGUUAGAGCUCUCUGCAAUGGCGACUACGACAGGACUGUGAAGGUAGAUGUCUAUGACUGGGAUCGAGAUGGAAGCCAUGACUUCAUUGGCGAGUUCACCACCAGCUACAGAGAGCUGUCUCGGGGCCAGAACCAGUUCAAUGUCUAUGAGGUUUUAAAUCCCAAGAAGAAAGGCAAAAAGAAGAAAUACAUCAAUUCUGGAACUGUAACUCUGCUGUCCUUCAAAGUGGAGUCCGAGUAUACCUUUGUGGAUUUCAUCCGAGGAGGAACCCAACUGAACUUCACAGUGGCUAUAGACUUUACAGCAUCCAAUGGUAACCCUUCCCAGCCCACCUCCCUCCACUAUAUGAGUCCCUACCAGAUGAAUGCAUAUGCCAUGGCCUUGAAGGCAGUUGGUGAGAUUAUCCAGGACUACGACAGUGACAAACUCUUUCCUGCUUAUGGUUUCGGAGCUAAGCUGCCCCCUGAUGGCAAAAUCUCCCACGGCUUCCCACUGAAUAGUGAUGCUGAGAAUCCAAACUGUGUGGGCAUAGAGGGGGUUCUGGAGGCAUAUUUCCAGAGCCUGAGGACGGUGCAGCUGUAUGGACCCACCAACUUUGCACCUGUUAUCAACAAAGUGGCAAACUGUGCAGCAGAGAUUACAGAUGGCUCUCAGUACUUUGUCCUACUGAUGAUCACAGAUGGAGUGAUAUCUGACAUGGUGCAGACCAAAGAGGCUGUGGUCAAUGCAUCAGGACUGCCCCUGUCCAUAAUUAUCGUAGGUGUUGGACCUGCUGAGUUUGACGCUAUGGAGGAGCUGGAUGGAGACGAGGUGAGAGUGUCCUCCAGAGGACGUCUUGCUGAGAGAGACAUUGUACAGUUUGUUCCAUUCAGAGACUACAUCGACAGAUCUGGCAACCAGGUCCUCAGCAUGGCUCGGCUGGCUAAGGAUGUCCUCGCGGAGAUCCCCGACCAGCUGCUGUCUUUUAUGAAGAGCCGAGGAGUUGAACCGCGACCGGCCCUCUCCACCUCGCCACUACCUGAGCUACACCGGCAUAUCUGACACAGCCACGGCCACUCGUGUCUGCCUCUCCACCCUGACUCUCUCUCUCUCCCCCUUCUGCUUAUCUACGCUCACUGCCCAUACAGUUAUUUGUCACUUUAAAAAAGGAGCAGAAGGAUCAACCCGUGACUUGUCCUCUUCCUCUCUUAUCACCGGUGAAGCCAAACAGGCACAUCACACUGACACAGCGGGCGCUCAUCCCUGACUGACCCACUGCUGUUUUUCACCUUCUCUUCUCUAACUCCCCCCUGUUAUAUAGCUUUACUUUCCAUUUACUGUAUGAAAGAGCAGUGAGACUGAGCCAUGACUGUCCUGUCCCCCUCCUCCCCACUGACUAUCAUUCAAAGCUUGACUUUUUGAAUUUGUCUGUUAAUUCCCCAUCACCAGACACAUGUUUUUGCACAAUUUUUUUUUUUUUUUACAUUUGUGUCCUUGUCCUCAGGAAAUGUUGACACUAUAGUCACAUUUGGCAGGAGUCCCAGGAAGUGCAAGACUUUAAAUGAAAUUGAAGCCAGUCCCAAAUGAAAGCAGAGCUCUUGAUGAGCGAUACACACCGGCUUGUAUCAGAUGGUUUGGGGGCUAUUUUAAGCUUUUCACUGUAAUCCAUUGGAGUAAUUGGUCACCGUGAGGACAGGUGUUUGUGAUUUAUGCUUUACCAUCGUCAUUAUCAACACGCUAAGCCAAAUCUUUUUAAAACUUAAAUAGAGGCUGCCCAAACAAUUAUUUUAAUCCAGAGGGUUUUCAAGCUGUGAGGCGUGCGGGUGAGUUAAAAGUGGGGCGGGGGGGGACAUGAGGCAAAAUGACAGGUGCAUGUCGGUGUUCUAAAAGCAACAUUCAUAGUUAUUGUAGUUUGCCCAGUUGAUUUGGUCCGCUUAUCGUCACAGUCAGCAGUUAGAGCGGCCGCAGUGGCUGUGACAUACAACUCAUGGAGGCGAUUAAGGGACUUUAAAUGCCCGAUAUUUGCAAAUUUGCGUCAAACAUCAUACUCCUUUCCUGGAGUCAUGACUCAGUCAAAUCUAAACACACAUACAUUAUACACACAUUUCUAGAUUUAGUGUGUCUUAAGCGUGAUUUAUGGUUCUGCGGAGGUUCCACGCAAAGCUUUCGCCGUAGCCUAUGUAAGUGGCCUGAUGUUUAUACUUGUGCGUGUGUGUGCGUCGAUCUCUUUAAGAGAAUGGCAGGGCCGGCAUGUGUGUGUGCAUGGGGAUUGUGUGGUAGAGCAAGUGAGUGUGACGGCGAUUAGCUUCAGUGCGAGUGCCAACUCUAGAGGCAUAGUGAGAGAUACAAAGUGUCUCCCCUGUGCUUUCUGACCACGGUGGGAAAUCAUUAUCUUUGUGUCCAUUGUGAAUAACCGUCUAUGAAUACGCUUAGAAAUCAUAGAACAGAACUUGCAUGAGAAUCAUCUGGUUUUAAAGUUUUCCUCAGUAUCAAAGUACUCCUGUGAUAGUCUGUACAUGCAUGAGUAUAUUGCAAACAUGAACUGCUAAUAGCUGAUUCUGCAUAUUUUUAAUGUCACAAAUUUGUCAAAAUGUGAACAAAUAUAAGCAGAAGGAACUGGGCUCAAGUUGUAGCCCACAGCCAACUGACUCCAUGACAACAUUAUACUCCUUGUUUACACCCCCCAAAUUAUAGAUACUGUAGCCUAGUUAAAAAAAAUGAGAGCCUGGUUAUCGCUGGUUCUUAUGUCAAUAAUUAUCAAUAAUAGGAGAGAUGAAAUCCAUUAAUAUUAUGGGGGUGGGGGAUGCAGUUGUCUCCAUUCUCUCUAUGAGCCCACAGUGUCAGACUUUGAAAACCCCUGGUUUAAUCCAACGAGAUGAAUUAGUCACAGACCUUCACACAGACACACACACACACACACACACACACACACACACACACACACACACACACACACACACACACACCUCUGUCUGCCAUGCCACCCCCCACCCCCCUCUCUUUGCUCAGCGUGGGCUGAGGCCGGGUGCAGAUUCCUCUCCUGCUGUUAGAGAAAUGCCAGUCUCUCCGGCUGCCCUGCAGAGAGGAGGAGGAGGAAGGAAGGAAGAGACAGGGAGGAGGUGGGAGUAAAGAGAAGAGAGAUGAAGGUGUAGGAUAGUGAGGGGGAGAUGGAAAGAAAAGAAAAAUGGACAAGGCCAUAAGAGUGAAGAGGAAAGAUACAAGUUUGGACAAGGACAAACGGAAGAGGAGAGGAUCCAGAGAUUAGUUUGUUUGAUGGGAGGAAAAUGGGAGACGGUGGCAGAUGAGAGGCUGAGUUGGAGAUAGAGAGAAAAAGACUAUCUCAGUCUUUACUUUGAGUUUUUACUCUGUCUGAAAAUUCUUUGUAUGCAUAUGUUUUGGGGAAAUAAAUCCAAAUGAAGGAUAAAUGCACAUUCUCCGACAAGCAAUAUACCUGACUCCCAGUGUAAUGUUUUCCCUAUGCAUGUCCCUCCCUCUCCCCUGCCAUGACUUGACAUUUUAUUCCCAGGCAGACUGGAGCUGUGUAUACAAAGUGGCCAAAGCCUGCCACCUAGUGUUCAUCAUUUAUAUGGCAGGGUGUCUUUAUUAUGCAUGACUAACUGUACAUUCCUAUACUAACUCACACAGUACAGACGCAUGACCUGAUGCAACUGUCCUUAUUGACUGUGAGCGCAGUGAAUUCAGGCAUCAUAAAGAACUACAAACUCCAACACGUGUAUGUUUUCAUGUGAAAUGUGACGGUCUCUUUUUAAAAGGCGUUUUGUUAAUGUCAGUGUGAUGAUGGUGGCUUAUAGGGGUGUUCAUGCUGUUUCAUGUGUUGUGUAAGCAUAUUGAUUUUUAUAAACGUGGACAAUAAUUUGUUCAAUCGUCAAGAUUUUUUUGCAUGUUGAGAAAUGAAAGCCUUCCAGUGUUCAAGUAGAUGUCAUUGCAACUGAUUGUCGGGGAAAAAAAGAAAGAAGAGAAGUAUAUCUCGAAGUAAUAUGCAUUUUUCCUUGUGUAACGGUACAUUUUGGUUUGUAGAUUUCAGAACUAACUUACUAAGUGUCUUGCAGAAACCUGGUAUAUUCAGUAAGCAGAACUUGUGAAUUUCCCCAUCGAGAGACAUGUAUUUUUGAUAUUUUGCAGUGAUAUGGAAUGUUCCCAGGGUCAUAAAAACAUAGACGUGUUAGGUCUCUGCAAGACACCAACAGUAUCAAAAAGUAUUGUGAUGGCACUUAAAGCCUGUAGUGUGACUUUUGUACAAAAAGAGCAUUUUGUGUGUCUCUUAUCUUUGUCUUAAUGGCUGUAUGAAUAAGUGUAUAUUCAGCCUAUUGAUCAUAGUGUUUAAUAAAUGAUCAUUUUCACUGUAUAUACAGUACAGUACAUGAUGAAAUAUGUUUCCCACUCAUUUGCUUAUACAGUAGAGCUACAGAAGCCUUUUUUGAAUUUGUGUCUCUAAUAAUAAAUCUAUAUCGUAUGUUGACGUUUUUAUGAAUGUCUAAUAAGAAUGUAGUUUGAACUAGAAACCCUUAACUGUUUUGUCAAAUAUGUUGUGUUUUGAUAUGAGGUUUGACUACGUUUGUGUUCACUCAUAUAUCCUGUUGAUGAAGUUGAUGAACUGCAUUACAGUAACACCAGGCAUAAAGCGACACAGUCUGAUUAUUGUAUGUUGUUUGUUCCGCAGAAAGAUAAUUUCAAGUUGAUUCAUGACA